CUUGCUUACUCAGCCUUUAGUCUAGGGUCUUUUGGUGCCUCUGUAUUGUUGCUGGCCCUAAAUUCAUAUGACUUCCUCACAUUUCUGCAGGAGCUCACUGACAGCUUCAGACUCACGAUUCUCCUCAAUUUCAUCGUUUUUUGUUGCUUGUCGUUUGGGUAUCUUAGCGUUCGAGUUCUUUUCCACAGAUUCAGAAUCAUCGAAAUCGAACACAUAGCAGACCAAUUGCCAUUUUAUGCGCUUAAUUUACUAUUCAUCCUAUUCAAUGAUGGCAACAUGAUUCUUAACACCGUGUUAACAGGACUAACACUACUUUUGAAAGUACACCACAUCAUGACGUAUGAACGAAUCGAUUUUUUGCAAGUACAGGUGGUGAACAGAAUGUCACAGCAGCAGUUCUCAAAAGCUCGUGUGUUUGCGUCGUUUUUCCUGAACGCACAUGUGAUUUAUCUUUUUCUUUUGCUCCCGGCCGACUUUGUGCUUGCACGCUUUUUGGCUUACGAUGUAUUCCAGGGUAUUGGCUCAAUGGGGAGUCUUUUAUUUGGCAUUCAGUUCGGGGUCUUGUGGCUUGAUUGCUUUGCCUUCUUGGGAAAGUUGAUCCUCAAUGUAUACGAGCUUGUCUUCUAUAGAUGCGUGGAUGUUCAGGAAGACUUGAUCGAAGAUGAAGAUGUUCUUGAGGAACAUAUCUGGGAAAGUAGAGCUGUGUACGUCCAGGGAUUCGAGAUUUAUCAUUCUAUUUUGAAAACCCUCUUCUAUGCCGCUUUUCUUUACACGCUAUAUUUCCAUUCUCGCGUGGCAUUGCCAAUUCCUCUCAUCCAGGGAUGCAUUGUCUCUAUACACCAGGCGUUCAAAAAAGUUUACCAGCUCAUGAGCUUCCUUUCUCAUUCCCGCUUUCUCGAAGAUCAGCUCGCUUGUCCUUCCGAAGAGGAAUUGGUGGCUGCCGACUAUAUAUGCAUAAUUUGCCGUGAGGACAUGCACUUUCCUGAAACAUUCGCCGCUAAUAGAAACAGGCCUUUGAACCCGAGAAAGCACCCGAAAAAACUACAGUGUGGUCAUAUCUUGCACCUAUGCUGUUUGAAAGAUUGGCUUGAGCGAUCGAAUAGCUGUCCUCUUUGUCGAAAAGUCGUGUUUAAGAAGGCUCAGCCAGUAACUGAACGAAAUGCGACUAAUCCGCCUGCGCCUACUCCUGUAGGUCGUCCUGAGCCA